AAUUGCGAACUUGACAAUGCUUCAAUUUUUGGAUUUUGGUAACAACAAGUUAAGUGGUUACAUUCCAAAAGAGAUUGGCCGUCUUUUUAACCUGGUAGAGUUGGAUUUGGGAAUGAACAAUUUCAAUGGAUCAUUGCCAGAAGAGAUUGGAAACAUGACACUCCUUCAACGUUCAUGGCUCAACAACAAUAAUUUAAGUGGUAAUAUUCCGAAAGAAAUUGGUCGUCUUAAUAAUUUGCAGAUACUCAAUAUAGCAACCAACGCAAUUAUUGGACCAUUACCAAGGGAAAUUGGAAACCUGACAGACCUUCGUGAGCUAUGGCUUUUCGAAAAUAAAUUAAACGGGGAUAUUCCAAAAGAAAUUUUUCUUCUCAAUAAUUUAUUGCAAGUGAACAUCGGAACCAACCGACUUCGUGGAUCAUUGCCUAGAGAAAUUGGUAACACAACCAUUCAAGAUCUGUGGCUUGAUACCAAUAACUUAAGUGGUCCAAUACCAUCCACCUUUGUGAAUCAAUUAGGAAUGCUUAAUUUGGCACUCUAUUCCAACAACUUAAGUGGAGUGAUUCCACCAUCCAUUUGCAACUUGAGAUCCCUUCAAAUCCUCUAUUUAUCAUACAAUAACUUGGAAGGAGCACUUCCAUAUUGUCUGGUGAACCUGAGGAAAUCUUUGUUAAUACUUCAUUUGAGUGCAAAUAAACUUACAGGCAUCCUACCAACGUUCACAACAGGUUGCAGUCUUCAGUCAAUCGAUCUGAAUGGCAACAGAUUGAAUGGAACCCUACCCCAAAGUCUAGAAAACUGUCAGGGUUUGCGGGCCAUCGACAUUGGUGAAAAUGAAAUACAAGGUGUGUUUCCCUUUUGGAUGGAAACAUUCCCUCAACUUCGCAUCCUCGUUUUAAAGUCAAAUAAGUUCGUUGGUACGAUGUUGAUGGCUUCAAACACUAAGAUGUCAUUUCCAAUGUUGCAAGUCCUGGAUGUAUCGCAUAAUGCAUUUGUUGGCUCUCUACCUGAGAGAUAUUUCAAGAACUUUCACGGUAUGAUAGAUGCCAAGGAAAACCAGACCGAUGAUGGAGAAAAUUUGUUUCUAAGAUAUAUAGAGUUGACGCUCACAUUGAAAGGAUUGGAUCAGUUAUUGCGACGACUAUUGGAUACAUUUACAACUAUUGACUUAUCCUCCAACGGAUUCUCUGGGAUCAUUCCACCUUCGGUGGCGAAUCUUAAGUCUCUUAGAUACUUGAAUUUGUCACAUAAUAACAUUGAAGGACAUAUACCGUCAUCUCUUGGAGGUAUGAGUAUCCUCGAGUCGUUGGACUUGUCUUCAAACAAACUGGAUGGAGAGAUUCCAGGUGGAUUGACAAAUCUGACAUUUCUUGCGAAGUUAAACCUUUCGAUGAAUAAUCUCGAGGGAAAAAUACCACAUGCUGGUCAACUUUCCACAUUUGAUAACGAAUCAUAUGUGGGAAAUGCAGGGUUGUGUGGAUUUCCAUUGACGAAAAAAUGUGAGAGGAGCGAUGGAAAACCAUUACCACCUCAUUUGGAAGUGGAAUCGGAUAGAGAUAUUGAGUGGGAGUAUGUGUUUGCUGCUUGUGGAUAUGUUGCGGGCAUAGGAAUCAUUUCCUGGCUGCUUUUAUUUUGCCGAAGUUUCAGGUAUAAAUACUUCAAGAAAGUUGACGAUGUGUUUGAGAAGGUCUUUGAGUGUUGCCAGCACUAG